AAAUCGCAGCUUCAACAACCCAUUCUGUACCACCCGACAUCACUUUACACCAAUAGCCCAUCAUGAAGCUUUCAGUCGCUGCCGCCCUUUCUCUCGCCGCCAGCGAGGCCUCGGCCCACUACAUCUUCCAGCAAGUCGGCGCCGGGACCUCGGUCAACCCGGUUUGGAAGUACAUCCGCAAGCACACCAACUACAACUCGCCCGUGACCGACUUGACUUCCAAAGACCUUGUGUGCAACGUCGGCGCCAGCGCUGAGGGUGUCGAAACCCUCUCCGUUGCCGCCGGCUCCCAGGUCACCUUCAAGACCGACACGGCCGUCUACCACCAGGGUCCCACUUCCGUCUACCUCUCCAAGGCCGACGGUUCCCUUUCCAGCUACGAUGGCUCGGGCGGUUGGUUCAAGAUCAAGGACUGGGGCGCUACCUUCCCCGGUGGUGAAUGGACUUUGUCGGAUACUUACACUUUCACGAUCCCUUCGUGCAUUCCCUCGGGUGAUUACCUUUUGCGUAUUCAGCAGAUUGGUAUCCACAACCCCUGGCCCGCAGGUGUUCCCCAGUUCUAUCUCUCCUGCGCUCACAUCUCCGUGACGGGCGGUGGUAGCGCCUCCCCCGCCACUGUCUCCAUCCCUGGAGCCUUCAAGGAGACCGAUCCCGGCUACACUGUCAACAUCUACUCAAACUUCAACAACUACACCGUCCCUGGCCCCGAAGUAUUCACCUGCAGCGGUUCCGGCUCCGGUUCCGGCUCCGGCUCCGGCUCUACUACCCCCCCAUCCCAGCCGACCACUUCUACCACCCUCCCGACUUCGACCAUUCCCACCAGCCCUUCGGGCUGCACGGUGGCCAAGUACGGACAGUGCGGUGGCAUUGGAUACAGCGGGUGCACGAGCUGCGCUAGCGGGUCGACCUGCAAAAUUGGCAAUGACUAUUACUCGCAGUGUUUGUAA